CACAAAAUGGCGUCGUGUGAAGAUUCAUUACACAGGAACAGAAGAAGAAGUAUGACCCCACCUCCUUUAAUGUCAGACAGUGCUGCUUCUUUGCCAAAACUGAAUUUGGUGAUAUGUGGAACUGAUGCAGCUCAGAAGGUCUUCAUAUCAGAUCUCAUACUGGGACAGAGAGGACAGAGAGUGGAGUCCAGCUCAGUGUGUGAGAUAAAGACAGGAGAAGUUUGUGGACACCUGGUCACGCUGGUGGAGCUGCCUGCUCUCUACAACACUACGCUCUCAGAACAGGAAGUGAUGCAUCAGACUCUACACUGUGUCUCUGCCUGUAAUCCUGGAGUUCAUGCUUUCUUCAUCAUUGUUCCUGAAGGUCUUCUCACUGAUGAAGUUAAAGCAGAAAUAGAGAUGUUUCAGAGGAUCUUCAGCUCCAGAGUUAAUGAUCACACCACAUUCAUCAUCAACACAGAGAAUGAACAGGAUUUAGAUGGAGUCACAAAAAGUCUGUUUAAAAGCUAUAUUCACAUCUGGGGCACUACAGGGGCAGAACUUCUGAAGGCUGUUGAGCAGAAUGUAACACACACUGGUGGAAGCUGCUACACAACAACCAUGUACCUGGAGGCACAAGUGGAAACACAACUCAAAUACAAAGCUCAGAAUCAAGAACUCACACAAGUCAUUGGUCAGUUAAAAAAAGAGACUGAAAAUAAAAACCAAAAAACUGCCCUGGAUUCUGAGGACCUAAGGAUAGUGCUGUUGGGGAAGACUGGAGUUGGGAAGAGCGCAUCAGGAAACACCAUCCUGGGGAAAGAUGUAUUUAAAGAAGAUGUUUCUGAUGAAUCAGUAACCAGUGUGUGUCAGAAAGAGACAGCAACAGUCGGUGGGAGACAGAUUACUGUGAUCGACACUCCAGGACUGUUUGACACUAAUAUUGAUAAUGAAGAGAUCAGGAAAGAGAUUGUUAAAUGUAUCUCAAUGGUAUCACCUGGUCCUCAUGUGUUCCUGCUGACACUGAAAAUAGGACAACGCCUCACAGAGGAGGAAACAAAAACAGUGGACUUGAUUAAGGAAACUUUUGGUGAACAAUCCAACAUGUACAUUAUUGUGCUGUUCACGAGGGGCGAUGAACUUAAAGCCAAAACCAUCGAGCAGUACUUGGAAAAUGCUGGGGAAAAGUUAAAGACUCUCUUAUUUGAGUUUGAUAAAAGAUACCAUGUUCUCAACAACAGUGAUAAAUCCAGCAACACCCAGGUCCUGACUCUACUGGAUAAAAUCCACUCAAUGGUGACGGUGAAUGGAGGAAGCUGCUACACUAAUGAGAUGUUCCAGAAGGUUGAAGAAACUCUAGAAGAAGAAAAAGAGAGAAUCCUGAAAGAGAGAGAGGAGCAGAUAGAGAGGGAGAAAGAAGAACUGAAGACCAAAUAUGAAGCUAAUAUGGAGGAAAUGAGGAGAGAAAUGCAAAAACUAAAAGAAAGACAAGAGGCAGAAGAGAGACAAAAAGAGGAACAAUUUAAACAGAGAGAAGAACAAAUAAAAAGAGAAAUGACAGAAAGGGAACACAAUCUUAGAGAAUACUUCUGGAAGAGAAGAGAAGAAGAUGACUUGAAGAUGAAGGAAAAGAUGCGAGACAUAAACAGAGAAAGAGAGGAGAACAGGAAACAGUGGGAACGACAGAGAGAGGAAGAUCAGAAACGGAGAGAUCAGGAGGAGAAGGAAAGAAGGAGGAGGGAAGAAGAAUGGAAGGAGCAUCAGAGAAAGGAGAAGGAGAAGUUUAAAAGAGAAAAAGAAGAGAUGGAAAAUAAUAAAGAGGAAGAAUUAAAGAAACUGCAGAAGGAGUAUGAAGAGAAGGCAGCAGAGGAAGACAGGAGAAUAAGGGAUUUAGAGGAGAAAAUAAAGAAUGCAGAGGAAAGUAAAAAGAAGGAACUCCAAGAUCUAAAGUUAUCUCAACAACGAGAGAGACAGCAGAGGAUGAGGGAGGAGGAGGAGAAGAGAAAAGACCAGCAGGAUAACUGGGAGAAAAGAAUCACUGCUAUGGAGGAAAAGUGGAGUUUAGAGCAGAUCAGGAAAGAGAAACAAUAUGAAAGGGAAAGACAGAAAGAAAAGGAGGAGAACAAUUUAAAAGAAAAGGAAAGAAAAGAGAAAGAAGAACAAGAAAGGAGAAGAAUUGAGAAUGAGGCAAAUGAUAAGAUAAGAAUGAUGGAAGAACAGCUAAAGGUACAAAGAGAGGAAGAUGAGAGAGAAAGAAAGAAAAAAGAUGAAGAACACAAAAAGGAGAUGGAAGAAAAUCUACAGAAACAAAGGGAAGAUUUCAGAAAAGAGAAAGAAGAACAAGAGAGAAAACACAAUGCGAAGGAACAGAGAAAUCUGUCCUUCAUUCGAGAGCUACAGAAGAACCAGCUGGAGACUCUGAAGAGAGAGACUGAAGAAGCAGCAAGGAAACAAGCAGAGGAAGAAUUUUCUGCUGAACCUCAUAAUAAAAACCUUGUAAAUCAAUUUAUUCAGCAUAAGAGACAACAGAAAUUAAAGUGAUAACAAAAACAGCUUGUAAAUAAUCAUGAAAGCAUUUUGUAAAGAAAGUUUUAUGUAAUGAAAGAAUUUUGAGUUACUUAAACAUCCUACAGUUAAUAUCCAUCACUAGAUGUCUUAAAUAAGAGUGUUGUCAUUGUAGUGAUGUUUUAUAAUCACACACAUUACUGAGAGUUCUGCAAACAAUCUAAACUCUGCUCUCAGGGCAUCUGCACUAGUACGAGCAAUGAUUUCAUUUUAAUUUAAUGAGGGA